UGCCGGGUUAUGCUUGUGCUGUUGUGCACAUGCAGUAGCUGAAAUGUGGGCGCGCUUCUGGUAUUCCAAGCCGGCCGAGAGGGCGCGGCCGGCGGCGUUCGUGCCCCCGCCGCCACCGCCGACGCCGCCUCAGUACGUGCCUCCCGAAGAGCCGUCGGCCUUCGCGAAGCUCUACGCCGUCGCUGGCGACGUGGUCGGCCGCGCCAAGGCUCUCCUGACCACCGGUGGACCUGUCACGCCCUCCGACGACGGGCAGAGAGUCCGCCGUGCCUUGGCCCAGCUCACGGCCCCGCCUUCCGACCCGGCGCCCGCGGCACCGCAGAAGGACUCGAGCUCGGGCUUGAGCUCUACGGCGGUGGUCUGGAUCAUAGUGGCGGCCGGCGUCGUCGGGGCGGUUUUGGCUCUGUGCGUGCUCACGCUUUGGAUCCGUCGAUGCCGGCGGCAGCGCAGGCGGCGGCGGCAGGCCCAGCCUUUUCCGCUACCACCGCCAAUAUACAACCCCAACCCCUACUACAAAGGUGACCUUCCGCCGCAGCCAUUCGUUGCGCAGCAACCGCCGUCGGACCACUACUUCAUUCAGCACCAGCACCCGACGCCGCCGCAGACCAGCGGCACGUUCUCCGACGCCGGCUCCGAGCGCCCGCACUCCAUCGACAUCCUCACCGAGCUGCCCACCGGCGGCUCGCUCUCGUACGACCAGCUGGCCGCCGCGACGGACGGGUUCUCUCCCGACAACGUCAUCGGGCAGGGCGGCUUCGGGUGCGUGUACAGGGGGACGCUGCAGGAUGGCACCGAGGUGGCGAUCAAGAAGCUCAAGACGGAGAGCAAGCAGGGCGACCGCGAGUUCCGCGCCGAGGUGGAGAUCAUCACUCGCGUGCACCACAGGAACCUCGUCUCGCUCGUGGGGUUCUGCAUCUCCGGCAACGAGAGGCUGCUGGUUUACGAGUUUGUCCCCAACAAGACGCUCGACACGCAUUUACACGGGAACAAGGGGCCACCUCUGGAUUGGCAGCAAAGAUGGAAAAUCGCUGUGGGGUCUGCAAGGGGUUUGGCCUAUCUACACGAUGACUGUUCUCCUAAAAUUAUACAUCGUGAUGUCAAGGCAUCCAAUAUUCUGCUGGAUCAUGAUUUUGAGCCCAAGGUUGCAGAUUUUGGUCUAGCAAAGUAUCAACCAGGAAACCACACUCACGUUUCCACAAGAAUAAUGGGCACAUUUGGGUACAUAGCUCCAGAGUUUUUGUCUAGCGGGAAACUUACUGACAAAGCCGAUGUCUUUGCUUUUGGUGUCGUCCUCUUGGAACUGAUAACUGGAAGGCUGCCGGUUCAGUCAUCUGAGUCUUACAUGGAUAGCACGUUAGUUGCUUGGGCGAAACCCUUGCUUUCCGAAGCUACGGAGGAAGGCAACUUUGAUAUCCUUGUUGAUCCAGAUAUUGGAGAUGAUUAUGAUGAAAACAUAAUGAUGCGAAUGAUCGAGUGUGCCGCCGCUGCCGUGCGCCAAUCAGCACAUCUGCGUCCAUCCAUGGUUCAGAUCCUGAAGCACUUGCAAGGAGAAACGCACGGAGAAGAUCUAAACUCUAUAUUUAGGAUAACGUACGCAGAAGAUACAUACAGUUCCAUCAUGGAAUCCGGUGAGUCCAUCGGGCCACGAUCACGAAGGGCGCCGCGGAGUCAGAGAAACACUAGCAGCGAUUACAGCAGUGAACAAGCUCUUACAGACAAAGCCAACCGAAGCCCCGCUAAGGGCAGGUGAACUGAAGAUAUAUUGUUUAGGUAGUACUAUUUCUUUUUUUUUUUUUGAGAUUGAACAAAUGUUGCUGGUCAAGAGGACAUGAAUGGAAUGGUUGUGUUGUGCAUUUAGAUA